AUGGCUCCCACAUCUCGGUCAGUGGCAACCCAACUCCGAACGAUACCGAAGAGAAUUCUGCCUCGGACACAGCUCGCCAUCCCCAGACAGGCACCGACAAUUCUUCGGCCCGCCCAUGUGGCGCUCCCUUCGCGAUGUCACUCGACCUCCAACCCGAACCCAUCCUUCUCCUCGGUGAACCCAGAGGAGGUUUCCCACUUCGCCGAGCUCGCCUCUGAGUGGUGGGAUCCCCAUGGCUCCUCACGACUGCUUCACCUGAUGAACCCCCUACGUCAUGAUUUCAUAAACGCGUGCCUCGAUUCGCAGCCCGAACCCCGCAAUGAAACCCUCUCGUACCUAGACAUCGGAUGCGGAGGCGGCAUCUUCGCUGAGAGCGCCGCCCGCCUGCGUUCCACCCGGAGUGUCCUCGCCAUCGACCCGACCCCCUCCGUCCUCGCCGUCGCCAAGGCGCACGCGCGCAAGGAUCCAGGCCUCGGCCGGAAGUUGGAGUACCGGAAUAGCUCGAUCGAGCAGCUGGAGGCGCCCAAGGAGGGCGAGGGCUACGACGUCGUGUCGGUGUUUGAGGUGAUUGAGCACAUUGACCAGCCCGGCGCCUUUCUGGACAAGGUCCAGCCGUUUGUCAAGCCCGGGGGCUGGCUGGUCAUGAGCACGAUCGCGAGGACGUGGAUGAGCUGGCUCACUACGAACCUGAUUGCGGAGGAUAUCCUCAAGAUCGUGCCCAAGGGCACCCAUGACUGGAACAAGUAUCUCGACGAGGACGAGCUUCGCCGGUUCUUCAUGGACAAGGGCUGGAAUAGCCCUCGAGUGAUGGGAGUCAUGUACGUCCCAGGGCUCGGAUGGAAGCAAGUCCGUGGCAGUGAAAAGGUUGGAAACUACUUCUUUGCUGUGAGAAGGGACUUUCCCUGA